AUGGCUGAAAUAUUUCAAUAUGGUGAAAUGAUUGAAUGUAGUAAACGAUUGAAAAUACAAUGCAGAACUCACUUGCAGAAGGUGUGGUUCUGUUUUCAAUGCGGGAAACGUUAUCAGUGGCGUGGUUCCUUGAAGAGUCAUAUCCGGGUGGAAUGUGGAAAAGAACCUACAUUCACAUGUCCAAUUUCCACCUCGAAGAAAUUAUGGUUGUGCUUCCAGUGUGGCAAACGAUACAUGUGGAAAGACUCGUUGAAGAAGCACCUGAGAGUCGAGUGCGGCAAGGAGCCCACGUAUGAAUGCCCGAUUUGCGGCCGGAAGUUCAAGCACAAACACCGUUGGCAGUCUCACGCCAGACUGAUACAUUAUCUCGAUAUUUGA